AAGCCAUUGUUUUUAUAUUACCUAAUGAAUUGUUAUAACAUCAACAUCGAUCCACAGAGAAUCAAAUACAGAGAGAAAUGGCUUCACACAGUUCUUCGAAAGAAAUGUUGGUCCUACUAUUCUUGAUUAUGAGCUGUUUUUCUCUAACGAGUACAUCUUCAAGUUCAAGGUUACUACACAACACUAUAGCAGAAGAAGAUUUGGUCUCUGCCACGUGUAAGAAAACCCUUUACUUUCAACUUUGUGUAUCUUCCUUAAGAUCCGAUCCUCAAAGUCAAACCUCGGAUCUCAGAGGUCUUGCUAUCAUUGCUUUGAAUCUCAGCAUAGCAAAUGGAGUCAACACCCUUUCUCAUGUCAGUAAUCUAGUGUCCGAGGCUGCUUAUAAUGGCUCUCAAUUCGCGUCCACUAGCCUCAGUGACUGCAUAGAUGUUUACUCUGACGCUAUCCAAAAUCUACAAGACUCUGUUCAAGCUCUAAACGACAAGUCGUUUGACACUAUGCAGACUUUGGUGGCUGCUGCAAUGACUGAUUCUGAGACUUGCGAAGAUGGUUUCAAGGAGAUGAAUGGUUUGAGUUCUCCUCUCACUGAACAAAACCAGCAUUUCUCUCAGCUUUGUAGCAACUUCUUAGCGAUAACUACACUUCUUGAUUAUUGAAUUUUAUG